AUGAAAAUUUGUGAGUUUUGUAAAACAAAAAAUUCAAAUAUAAAAAUUAAUUUACAUGAUUAUUGCAAAGAAUGUUUUAUUAACUCAACAAAAGUUAAAAUUAUAAAAAUGAUAAGAGCUUGUCACCCAAAGACUAAAAUUUUGGUGUAUUUAAAGGAUUUUGUAUCAUCUUAUAUGUUUAUUGAGAUUUUUAAUGAAGCUGUUAUUAAAAAGAAACUUAAAUGUGAUGUAGAAAUAAUCAUUCCUAAUGAUUAUGACAUUUCAAAGUAUAAUUUUAAAACAAAAAAAUAUAAUGAAAUAACAGGAUACUCUGAUAAUAUUUUAGAGUAUAACAUACCUGAUUAUGUAAUUGAGUAUGCCAAAUUACAAUCAAUUGAUAUUAUUUAUUUUCAGAAUGUUGUUGAGUUAAUUGCAGUUUAUUCUUUAAGAACACUUUGUGAUAAUUCUGAAACAACAUUAAAAUUUUUAACUAACAGUAAAAUUGAUGGAAUGUUAAUUAUUAAUCCUUUUGAGGAAAUUAGAAUGAAAAGUGUAUUGUAUUACUGUCAUAUAAAAAACAUUAAAGGUAAAAGAGAUGGUGGUUAUUUUAGGGAAGAAGAUAAACUUAUUUAUAAUUUUAUAAACGAAAUGAUAAAUGUUAAUGAUUUAGUUGUUUAUAGUAUUUUAAACACUUUAAGAAAAAUAAAAAAAGAACAUUAA